AUGGCACCGGCGCCGACGCUCCAGGUCGGGAUGAAAAUCCCCAAGCUCGUGGGCUCGACGCAAAUGGGUGCGAUCAAGCUCCACGACUUCAUCGACGGCGCGUGGGCGCUCCUCCUCACGUUCCCCCAGGACUUCCACCCGGUCUGGAUUACGGAGCUGGGCAUGCUCGCCAAGCUCAAGCCCCAGUUCGAUGUGCGCAACUGCCGCGUCCUCGGCCUCAGCAUUGGCUCGCUCAAGAACCAAGCGCGGUUCCUCGACGACGUCAACGAGACGCAGGACACCCAAGUCAAUUUCCCCAUCUUUGCCGACGAGAGCGGUCUCCUUUCGCGCAUGCUGGGGCUCGUGAACCCGACGUCCGCGCCGUCCAGCGCCGACCACGCGGUUCUGCCCUACAGCGCGGCCUUUCUCAUGGACGUCGACAUGGUCAUCCGCUUUGCCUUCUACUACCCCAUGUCCAUUGGCCGCAACCUUUAUGAGUUUAUUCGCGUCCUCGACGGGCUCCAGCUCGCGGCCUACAACCAGGUGGUGCUCCCGACCAACUGGAAGAUCAACGACGACGUCUUUGUCGAGCCCGACAUUAGCUCCGAGGCCGCCAAGGCGCUCUUCCCCAACGGCUUCCACGAAAUCAAGCCCUACUUCCGCGUGACCCCCGCGCCCGUCCUCUCGGAAGACCAGUAA